CUGCAAGCAGCACAUGGAGAAGGCCCACAACUGGGUCUACAUCCGGAGCAGAUGCAAAGGCAAGCCGUCGGCUGCCCAGGUCAAGGCCACCGGCUGUGACUACAGUCCAAAGGCGUGCCCGGGAACUGCUGAAGCAAUGCAUGACCCUGCCGUUGCCUCCUCCGCCCCGCCACCGGCUGCGACUGUGCCUCUACCCGCCACAAUGGACUUCGUCCUCUUUGACGACGGUCAAGCCGACGCCAUAGGCGACCAUGACGACAGCCUAUAUGCCGACUACGACGACUCCGAGGGCGCGCAGUCCUAUCUGCCCUGGUCAUCGCCGUCCACUCGGCUGAGGAGAAACGAGCGGUUCAUCGAGAUGUUCAGCCAGACCUAUAACGGCGCCCACGAGAAGACAGGCACCCUUGCCGACUACGCUACAGUGGAUCCGAUGCUCGCUGGCCUGCCACCUCACGAUAUCCGGCACCAUUCGCGGGACAAUGACCAGCGUCAAUCAGCCGACGACGUCACGAUCAAGGCCGAAUCACCCAUCGUAUCGGUUGAUGCCGUCUUCCCGAACAAGCGAAAGCACGAGGUCAUCGUAGCUCCCUCAUCACAACCUGGGCAAGCCGCCCCCCCGUCAUCCGGCGAGCGACCGUCUGGCAGCCGGAAAGCCGGGGCCGGUCAGGUAGCGCGGACCUCUUCGAACUCCGGGGUGGGCUCGGAGUAUCGACUCGGUCCCGACGACGGUCCUCGGCCUCGGAAGAAGCAGAGGCCUAAUCCUACGGAGGACUUUACGGACACGAGCAUGCCUGACAUCUUCCGCCAUGCCCACCCCCAUAUCUACGACAGGGACCGGGCCGAUAAAUACUCGCCAUGUCACACUAUGCAUCGAGAGAUCUCGACACUGGUUCGCCAUCUCAGCAGACCAGCCCAUCGCCUACAAGUCACAGAGCGAGCCAUAUCCUCUUUUGAGGCUGAAGGCCCCGAUUUUCGACACCCGAGGGUGGGCGUCUGCCGGUGGUGCUGGCAGACUUUCAGCGACCGACAAAUAUUCGAUGCCCACGUGUCCCGUCCAUGCGAAAAGGUCUCGAAGGGGAAGCGAGAGAAGUGGCGCGCCCUGUACGACGCCUUUACUCCAUUGCUCGAUGCAACGGACUCGCCACCCUCGGGCAGCGGCGACGACUUAACCCAAGAAACGGAAGCACAGAGGAGAAGAUUCCCCAGUCAAGCGGAUGGCUCACCCGUCGCCAACGAGGACGAUGUCUUGGGCGGCAUCGGGACCCCGCCUACCUCGGUCCCGUCACCUGACCUUCUCCCAUCGGCAGCGUUCGGCCCCUCGAAUCCGAGCAACAGCCGAUUCAUCUCUGCAGACGAGCACUGCAAGCUGCAGGAGGAACACAAGGCCUUGCGCGAAAGACACCACCAGCUCGAGCGGGUAACCCAAGUUCUCCUAGCCCGCCAAUUCAUUCAGGAGAAGAUGCGGACGCAUACAUCGACUAAGUCCGGCAUCGAAUCUUUAAGAGCUGGCUCAUGCAAGAGCGAUCCGUCCGUCAUAUCCACAGCUUCUUCCGACCGAGACAGUCUAGUCCAGCACAUGGACUCGCAGUCCACGAAUGUCGACGUGUACAGGUUCAUGGAUGAUGUGGAGCACACCCGCCAGUCCAUCUCCAGGAUGAACUCGGGCCUGAGUACAGUCUCGCGCUCAACCAUCCACCACGUGCCCCUGAGCCCGCCUCCUCGGGCCGCGGGGCUUCCGACACAACAACAGAACACCGGCCACCCUCUAAUAAGCCAGCAGAGCAAACAGUCCCUGGCUCACCGGCCUCCGCUCCCAUCCAUCCCAGACUCGGGCUACGGCACCGAUCAGUGCCGCGGCAGCCUCGGCGACCUUGCCCCGAGCGCAGAACAACAGCACGCCGGGACAGGGAGCCCAACGCUCGGCGCGGAGGAGGCGGCGGAGAGACCCAGAUUCACCCAAGAGCUUUCGUGGACAGACGACUCGGAUGCCUUCCAAAGGGGGCCGGGCGGGCCCGGCACGCCCAAGCCGCACGGCGGCAGCCAAUCCUCGGGCUUCUUGACGGAGCAGGAGAUGGCCGAGUACACCGAUUCGUCGUUCGAGUUGUUCUACAGCAGCCUCCAGUCACGCUCCUCUCCGACGGGGUUUACGUUUGAGCUUGGGUCGCAGCAAGAAUAGAGCAACAAUAAGACACUCGGGCGUAAGGUAUAUAUUUAUAGACAGCACGGCGUUAUGGGUUAUGGGUUGUGUUUUAUUCACGCUCCGGGUUUCACUACGUACCUACCUACCGUCGUGGGGUAUGGCGGGUGGAUGGAUGGAUGAUGUUAGAUAUGUAUAUAUACACUCAAAAGUCUGCGUGUGAGGCGAGAGUGGCUGGCCCACAUGCGCCCCUCGCAGACGAUGGACGAUGGACGAUGGACGAUGGCCACGGGGUAAUGAACCGGUAUGAUACGAACGGUUGAGUAGGGUAUAAAGAGGGAUCCGUCCAAAUAUACUGUACCGCCUAGAACCAAACAAACAACUUUGCCUCUUGAG